AUGCAACUAAUGCGAAGGAUGAAAAACAAAAAUCCAUAUGCUUUGGAAAAUGCCCAGACCAGAAAGAGUCUUCAAAGCAGCGACAUACUUGAAGAUAAUACUGAUGAACCAAUGGAUUGUGAACCAACAGAUGAAACUGAAGCAUUCGAAGAACAAGAAACACUGCAAGCUGGAGGUUUUAUAGUUGAUUCUGGAAUUCGCAUUGCACCAGGAGAAGGAUCUAUUCCACUGUCGCUUCUGUUGGAUGAGAGCAAUGAUACUGAAGCAGACUUCAAGUACUACACAGGAAUAUCAAGUAAAUCAUUUGAAGUGCUUUUCAAGUUUUUGGGAGGAAAUAAGGUGUACUGUAAACUGAAGUACUACACUGAUAGAGCAACUCCAAAUCGAGAAUGUGAGAGUACACAUUCUCCUAAGGGCCUUUUACUUCUCACAUUAGUAAGACUGAGACGUGGGUAUCCAGAAAGAGACAUGGGAAAAUUUUUUAAACUUUCUGCUCCUUCUAUCAGUAAUAUUGUGAAGACAUGGAGGUACAGGAGAAAAAUAAGCCUGCCUGUUUUAAAACCAUUUCCUAAUUUGAGGUGUAUUGUUGAUGCAACUGAAAUCAAAAUUCAGAAGCCAAAAAAUUUUGAGCAGCAAAGCAACACCUAUUCAUCGUACAAAGGAACUAAUACAGCAAAAUUCUUGGUAGCAUGCUCUGCUUAUGGUGGUCUAUCAUUCAUAAGUGAAGGCUAUGAGGGGAACAUAUCAGAUAGGAAAUUAUUCCUUCAGUCUGAGAUUUUAGAUCAUAUCAAUGCGGGUGAAGCUGUCAUGGUAGAUAGAGGGUUUGAUAUAGAAGCUGAUUUGAAUAAACGUGGCAUUGAUCUAAUUAUACCUCCAUUCCUUGGUGAUCGACAAGCAUUCACUGAGAGAGAAAUGUUUAUCGGAAAAGCAGUGGCAACAUCAAGAAUUCAUAUUGAAACACUGAUAGGACGUACAAAACAUUUCAGACUUGUGACAUAUGUUUAUCCAAAUUCAAUGCUUGAUUUGCUCUCUGAUGUAAUGCAUGUCUGCUCAGUCCUGUGUAAUUUUAAUGAACCAUUUGUAAGAUGGGAAGAAGAAGAAGUUGCUGAUGUUGAUCUUUGA